CCUACUGUAAAAAUGUGGAUGCCAUCUUCAAACAUGCUAUUUUCCAAAAGUGGCUUGAGACCAAAUUACACAUUAAAAAUGGGACAGCUCUCCGACAGCUCAGUUCUAAACCAUAGCACUGUUAUUAAAAUCUCCAAAAACAUGACUUCAGAGGGAUCAGAGAUUCCCAAAAAUCCUACUCCAAAGACUAGAGAGGAAAAGGGCUUAACUGAACAGGAGAUCAAGGGGUAUAUAUCUACCAAAUAAGCCAAAGCAAAUGUUGAUAAAGGAGCUUAACCAGAAACUGGUAUGUUCUGAAAAGCCUAAAGAGUCGUUCAAAACUCCUAACCCACUUCAAGAGCUUAACACAGCUCCUGCUAGUCUCAAUAUUCUGGGCUCGCCUGAUACUCUGAAGAACCUAGACAUAAAAUACUUGUUCAGAGGUUUCCAGAAAAAGCGAGUCAAAGAAAUUUAUGAAAAAUACAGGAAGACUAGAACCAGAGCAGCAAGCCCAUCUGUUGGAAGAUACUCUCCAAAUUUUGAUUUUGUCAGGAAAAAUAUCACGAAGAAUGUAUUCUUCUCAUCAAGGUCGCCAGAGCCAGUCUAUAAGAGGGCACCCAAGAGCCCAAAAAAGAUCAGAAAUAAGUCUAGGGCGCUCUCUCAGUCAAGGAUUGGGCCUAAACUUUUGAAGAGUCCUGUCUCCAAAGGUAAUAAACGCAAAAGAAAUCAGGGAAUUAUGAAGCAACCACAGAAAUCUGUUAAGAUCAUCAAGAAUUAACUUCAAUGGAAAUAAGACUUUCGGUGGAGGUCACUUCUUUAAGCUAGGUGAGGUACAUGAGAAGCGGUUUGAGUACCUACCAAUCCCAAAAAUAUCAACUAAGCAUCGACGAAUUAGCAAGAAAAUUGACUUAGAAAAGCAGAUUCCAAGGAAACCCUUAUUUAAUAUUAAGCAAAGUCCUCCUCAGCAGCUUGAUCUUAAGCCAGUUUCCUCGCCUGUUCGGAAAUCCAGGACAAGGAAAGCUACGAAGACAAAUAAGGAUAGAGCAGGGAUUGAGAUAUACAAUUCAUUUGAUUUCGCUACUAGGCUACGAGCUUUCAGUGUGUCUCCCUCCCGAUCUUUCAAGGCAGAGUAUUGGAAAAAGUUCCGAGGUACUGAGAGGCCUCGAAGGAUGGACAAUCUUGCUUACCCAAAAUAAGUGCUAAUAUUCAAAUUUAA